AUGGCUGUGCUUGUAGACUUUCUGAUACUCACAGCAAAAGUAUUUGGAUACAUCAUCCAUGCUCUGAUUCGGUGGGUGAAGAAGCCCACAGAGAAAGCAGUCGCAAACAAAAUCUGCUUGAUAACAGGGGCAGCCAGUGCAACGGGUAUUGGGCGGCUGUUUGCCCUGGAAUUUGCCCAACGGGGAGCGACACUUGUCUUGUGGGAUAUAGACCGAGAGGGCAAUGAAAAUACAGCCAGGGAGGUUCGCGCCCUGGGAGCCAAGGCUUACACUUAUGUCUGUGACGUGAGCCGAAGGGAAGAGGUCUAUGGCGCAGCUGAGGACGUGAGAAAGGAUGUGGGCGAUGUUACAAUAUUGGUCAACAAUGCUGGUGUCGUAGCUGGGACACCCAUCUUACAGUGCCCUGAUGAACAGCUGGAAAGAACCAUGAAGACCAACUGCCAUGCUCACUUUUGGACUGUCAAGGCUUUCCUUCCACAAAUGAUCAAGAGAGGGAACGGACACAUUGUGACAAUUGCAGGAUCAUUCGGGCUGUUUGCAACAGGCUGUCUGGAGGAUUACUGUGCUAGCAAGUUUGCUGUGGUUGGAUUCCACGAAGCUCUUAGCCAUGAACUGAAAGCCAAAAGAAUCAAUGGCGUGAAGACUACUCUUGUGUGUCCUUAUUUCAUCAACACUGGCAUGUUCCAUAGCUGCAGAAUCAGGCGAGAGCUGGAAGCCCUACUUUCUCCCUUAAAACCAGGGGAUUUUGUGGAAGCCGCAAUGCAAGGUAUACUUCGUAAUCAGCACAUGAUCUGUAUCCCCAGAGUGAUGUACCUUGCAGCCAUUGCAAAAAACCUCCUUCCUUGGGAUGCUCAAGUUCUCAUUCAAAAAUUCUUGGGACUGGACAAGUGUCUUCCACAAAAAGCCGCAACUUGCCACAAUUUAGCAAGGAGAUGA